AUGUCGGCCAACCUCGCCCCGCCAAACGUCGUCGUCAACAGCCCGAGGCCGAAAAAUGUCAAUGAUAAGCUCUCGGUGGGCUCCAAGUUGGACGGCAAGAUCCCGAUCUACAUCCGGCCGUAUUCGCCUAAUCAAUCUUGCGGCGCCGAGCUGCGACGGACCCCCUCGCCAAAGCCCGACCAGAAGAAGAAUACCAAGCACGACAAGCCGUUCCGCAACAUUUAUGACGAGUUUGUGGAGGAGAUCUGGCGCCGCUUUGAGCUGAACGCAGUCGAGGUGGCUGAAGAAGCCAAGUCCGAAGCCGUCACCGACAAGGAGCUAGAGGCUCUCUUCGAGCCGGUGCCGGAUCCCGUCCAAAAUGAGCUAAGCGUCGCCGAGCUAGAGCAUGUCAUCGACGCCCCAGGCUCAGAAAUCCCAAACAAGAUUGCGACGACGACACCAAGCAGUACGCCCGCGAGAAAAGUGGAACGCCAGGCAACCCCUUCUGAGGACUCGAUGUGCAGUGACUGCUUGCUGACCACCUCCAUCGAGGCGAUGUUCAUCUGCCAGCCAUGCGCCAAGCCGACUUGCUCAGGGUGUCGUGAGCAACACCACACGGAGCACCAGAAUGUCGUAGCGCUCAUGGAGAUGCGCAUCAAAGCGAUGAAGACGCUAGAAGUCACCUCAACUUUCCAAGGCCUCACCCGACGCAUUAAUGACGUACAUCUCGACCUCGUCCUAACGACUAGCGGCCUCUGCGAUCGUGUUCAGCGAAAAGUAGCCGUCCUCGGCCGCCAGACCGACUACCGUACCGCCAAGAAAAUGGCCGAGGAGCUGGACGACCACGCGACAAAGUUCAAAACGGAUUGCGACAACUUUUUGGGCGUCGCUGACGGGUUUUCCGGCGAGCUGAAGACGUUGCAGGACGCCGUGGAGCCGCAGCUACAAUUCACGCCUAUUGACACGGCGAUUCUGGCGGAAUCUGGCCAGCUGGACCCGUUUUCCAUGUUU